AAAAAAAAAUUGUUCUUUGUUAAAGCACUAUUUUGCUUUGUUUUGCUAGUGAAGUUAUGGAUCUUAUGCAGCCAGAGUCUAAUAAAAUCUAGCCUAUCUAUUUUGACCUCAUACCUCACGUUUCAUUUGCAUACAUUCCUCAAUGAGUUCAGAAGGAAUGUGGAAACAAAAAGAAUUAUUUUAAUACACAGAUUUCUUGGAGUAUGCUAUUUUACCUGCUCUUUGACUCUCUCUAACAUCCGGAGUGUACAAUUUUUGGCUCUUUGGUGGAAAGGUUUCUUCUUUUUCUCAUGGUUUCUGUUAUUACUUGUUUAUGUUUUAAGCAGUGAGAGUGGUCUCUGCAAGAACUGCAAGCGCCCCGGCCAUUUUGCUCGGGAGUGCCCUAAUGUUGCCAUAUGUCACAACUGUGGUCUCCCAGGGCAUAUUGCUUCCGAGUGUACCACAAAAUCUCUUUGUUGGAAUUGCCGAGAGCCAGGCCACAUGGCUGGAGAUUGUCCAAAUGAAGGAAUCUGCCACACUUGUGGAAAGGCAGGACACCGUGCUAGAGACUGCGCGGCUCCUCCACUGCCUCCUGGUGACCUGAAGCUGUGCAAUAACUGCUUCAAGCAAGGCCAUAUUGCAGUCGACUGCACCAAUGACAAGGCAUGCAAAAAUUGUAGGAAGACUGGUCACCUGGCACGUGAUUGUCAAAAUGAUCCUGUGUGCAACCUAUGUAAUAUAUCCGGUCAUAUGGCGAGAGGUUGCCCCAAGGCCGGUGCUCUUGAAGAGAGGGGUGGUGGAGCUCGCCCUGUUGGUGGGGGAGGAGGAUAUAGGGACAUUGUAUGUCGAAACUGCCAGCAAGUGGGCCACAUGAGUCGAGAUUGCAUGCCAUUGAUGAUCUGUCACAACUGUGGGGGAAGAGGACACCUAGCUUAUGAGUGCCCCUCUGGAAGGUUUAUGGACCACCCCUCGGGAAGGUUUAUGGACCGCCCUUCGGGAAGGUUUAUGGACCACCCCUCUGGAAGGUUUAUGGACCGUUUUCCUAGGAGGUACUGACGGAUAAAAGACAUGCCAUAUCAAUAGGGGGACUAUUGAUGAUAUCUUCUUCUUCUUUCCUCUUUGAAUUGGGAUUGACAUUUACUUUAGAAUAUCGGAAUUUUGGAACUAGUUAUUUUGAUUUGCGUCUUUAUAUCUUUUGACUGGAUAUGAUGAAACUAUUAUUUAGAACAUGGAUUGAUGUAAACUAUAGCGAGGCACAUUUUUAUUUGGUGAUUCUGCUAGCUAAUGGAAAGAUGAGGGCAUUGGUUUUUCUUGGUA